AUGGAGCCAAUCCUUGAAACGGGUAUCCCUAUCUUUUCUAUUCCUGAGAAGUAUCGUAAGGCAGGCAUAUACCCUCAAGAACUACUCGCUAGUUCUAUCAAAUACCUCCACGCAUCUGGUGUAAUUGUACUCGAAAAUGCAAUUGAUGUAGAACAUCUUGAUGCAUUGAACGCCAUCCUUGCGCCCCAAGCGAAAGAGCUAGCCAAUACGCCCGGUAGGCACUUCAAUUUCGGUGUCGAAACGGGUAAUAUCAACCAGGCCCCCCCCUCAGACGAUGAUCUAAUGUUCCCCGACGUCUGGGCGAAUCAGUUUGUGAUGCCAACACUCGCAACUAUGCUUGGUCCGGAGCCUGUGUUGCAAUAUGCCAGCGGUAACACAGCCCUUCAAACUCCCUCAAAUGCCCGCCAGCCAGUUCAUUCGGAUAUAGACUUUCCACAUCCAAAUUUUCCCUUCUCCAUGGUCGUUAACAUACCGCUCGUCGACAUGACUAUCGAGAACGGAGCACUUGAAGUGUGGCCCGGCACCCACUCGACUACUUUUGAAGACCAGAUUUUGGAACCUGGGCAAUCCGGAGAGUUGCCCGUGAGAGCAAUCAUCCCAGAGCUGUUACAGCUCCGCAAAGCCGUCUGUCCCCCAGUUCGGGUGGUCGUGCCUAAAGGGAGUAUCAUCAUUCGGGAUCUACGCCUUUGGCAUGCGGGCUGCCCUAACUUCACCCCCAACCCAAGAGUUAUGCUAGCAUUUAUUUGGCAAGCGGCUUGGUGGUGUGGUAGAGGCUGGUUCGAGCUUCCAAUAAGGCUUCGCUCCCUGCUAAGUACUUGGGAAAAUGGUAUAAUAAAGUUCAGAGUCGCCGCGAGAUGGGUUGAGCAGAAGAGAGUCUGUCGCCGACAAGAAAUGGAGGAAAGUAACCUUGGGAGCCUAGACGCCACUGUAUCAGGCCUCUUCUGA